AUGGAGCUUGUGGUGACGCUGCCGGCGGAGGUCUUCCGCUGCCGGAUCUGUUUCGUCACCAAGGCAGCUGACAGGCCAACUUUUGGGGAGUAUAAGGACCACUCGGCCCUUCUCCGCCACUACAGGAGGCUGCAUGACCCGGGAACGGUUCCCGUUUUCGAGUGCCAGUUUUGCGGCCGACGCGACCCGCGGCUGAAGACGCUGCGGUUACACCAGCGGCUCUGCAAUGCAGAAUCCGCAACCCCCGGCGCUGCCAGUCGGGGGAGGGUGAGUAUGGGACACGAUGCCGUGUCUGGCUCUCUGGGGCACCCAGAGAGGUCAGCCGGCGGGAGGUCACAGGCGAGGGCCCCCGAAGUUAGUAGGACAGGCCCUUCGUCCUUAGUUAGUGCUGGGCGAAAGCCACAGGUGAAAGCGGCCCGGGAAGUUAGUACCACAGGCCGCCUAGCCUUAGAUAAUAGAGAGGGGCUAUGGCCACAGCCCAGUCUGGUCCCCGAAGCUAGUAGGACAGACCGGCUGGACUUAGGAUUAACAUACGCGGCGGUCCUGACCCGCAGCAGCGUGGUGGGCUCACAGGCUGCCUUGCCCUCACCCUGUGUGAGUGUGCAGGCGUCUGUGACGCCCAGGACGGCGGUGGUUGCUACCCCCGCGUCGUGCGUACUGUGUGUGCGCACGCCGAGGAGGUCUGGCAUCCCCAUGCCGAUACGCUCUGCGACGUCAACCGCGUCGCCACGAGUGCCGAGCGCAAGUUCAGGAGGUGAAGGCAGCACGCUGCCGACGCCUGUCGCCGAACGCGUCGUUCCGGCCAGAGGCGCGGUGCCAGGCAAAGGCAGCGGCACGCCGCCGCCCGCGUCGGCCACCGCGCCCCGUGGCGUACGCUGGCCACGUCGUGCGGCUAACGCAGGCGCUUCCCGCCCGCCAUCUGUCGUGAGCGUGGGUACCGGCCUGGGACUGCCGCCCGCAUUCGCUACGCCGCCGACAGGUGGCUCUGCGAUGCGGGUGGACAGUGGCAGGCAGGCCGCCUCGCUCGCCGCGACCGGUGGUGUUGUCAUUCACGGCGCACCCGCGCCGCUGGCUGACGCACCAAAGGCCGCACGCUCGGCGGAUGCACCGGAUGGUGUGGUGCUUGUGCGGUCGCAGACGUACACGCGCCGCGUUCCCUCUGCCCUGCCGGCGGCUGCGUCGAGUGACGCACGUCACUCCGCUUCCGCUCAGGCAGGGAGUGUUGCUACUAAAAAAGCCUCUGUUACAGACAACAAGUGGCACAUAGUCACCCCACGGAGGGACAGACGCCAUGCUGCAGGACGCAGACCACCGCCUCCGGACCGACGGCGCAUUAUACCGCCCAGUCCGCGGAGCAGUGGUCCGGCGCGAGCUAGCGCGCCUGGACGGCCGGCGCGAGCUACACCUCGUGUUUCUCGCGCCGGCGGCAGGGCGCGGGCGACCGCUGGGCCAUCUGUUGGCGGCGCGGCGAACAACAGCCGCGGUGCGCCCGGCCCGAGCGCCAGGCCGGCGCGAGCUACACCUGGAGACGCCCGGCCGGCGCAGGCGACACCAGCCACCUCUGCGACCGCCGCCCCAUCUGGCAGCAAUCGUCGGACACCCAGUCCGCGUAACGGCGGCCCGGAGCGAGCUGGCGCGCCCGAUCGACCGGCGCGAGCUGCACCUCGUGCUUCUCGCGCCGGCGGCGGGCCCCGCGGUGCGCCCGACUCGAGCGCCGGCGCGGCGACUGAGAGCAGCACGGCACCACCACCGACGCAGACGACGGAGCAGCGCGACGUGAGCGGAGGGACUGCAGAUGCGUCUCCGACAACUGGCAGCAAGAAGAGGAGACGCCGACGCCGACGCCGUAACAACCGGCCCAGUCCCAACCUCCCGCCGCAAAACUCCCGUCCUACACCUACAUCGACCAACCCUCCUGUACCCUCCGAACAGGGCGCAACCGAGGCAGCUCCGCCCCCCCCUCCCCCGGCCGACUCUCGGCUAACGGAGAGGCAGCGGCGCUGGCUGACGGCCCUGGAGAGCGUCCACAGUCAACCGUGGGACGCAUUCGUCGCGGUCGUCGAGGACUUCGUCUCCGAGAUCGCCGAGACGAAGCCACAACGCCAGGCAGCCGGAGAUCGACAGGACGGGCCACCAGCAGCAGCGCACCGCGGCCAGGGCCGCGCCGACGCUGCUGCCAAUCCCCCUCCUCCUGCCCCUACACGCGGCCGCGAUGCACCAGCUGCUGUCCCGGACUUUGCCGCCACCACGCCUCCUGAUGUCAGCGAGGAGGUCCUGCUGCCGAUCACCCCUUCAGAGGCUGCGAGACCUUCGAGACUGCAGUCGUCGGAGAACUUCGAGGUCGGUGCCUUCGUGACGUCGGUGUCGAGAUUCUCUUCAACGACGCGGGAACGGCGGCGCUACACCAUCUUCGCGCCGCACUGCAGCAGUGCCGAGUCAGUAGCGGUGCGUGCGGUGCUGCCUGGUGCCCCUCCCUCCGUGGUGUCCGCCGAAUAUGGCCCCCACCCCGGUUGGCGCGGUGCUAGGCGGCGCCAAACGUGUACCUACUGCCCGGCAGUCUCCAGCCAGCGUGGGAAGCAACGCCCUCCUGCCACGACACCCCAGUGA